AUGAUCACCAUCUCUUCAUUAUUGAGUGUCCUCGACGCCAUCAUCGCAGCUGCUACAAUCACUUUGCGCUACAGCUGCAUUCUAUUUUGCCGCUUUCACCCCAUUGACAAAAAACAUCUGCACCGUAUUUAUGGAAGCUUCUGGGUAUUCUUACUCGCAUUUUCACUCCAGCUCAUCAUAGUCAAGCGCUACAAACUUCGACUAAAUAGGCGAUUCGGCGCAGCUGCGUUUCUCGGUCACAUUGAUAGCAAUAGGCCCUUUUUGACAGCCGCGGGUUUUCUCGUUAAUUUGGGCUGUCUAGUCGCUGUUCUCGACUUCUUAUUCCGAGGCCAUCUUCUCCAAAGUGAUCAAGUCUCCUUCUCGCGAGUGGGCUAUGUGGAUUCUUCGACAGCUCGAAUAGUGGUGAGAGCACCGAUCUCUGAUUAUCUUGAGAUCACGGUAACUCCUAUCUCGGACGCAGAGGAAGAUGUCUAUCAAUCCGGGAUUGUUCAUUUGAAUGCGCACUCAGACUUCGUGGGAACAUUUCUGAUAGAGGGACUGAACCACAACACGUCCUACAAAUAUUCAACCAACGCCAGCCAUGUCGGGUCUUUCCGAACUUCGGUUGAACCCAAAAGUGAGCUGAAACGUUGGAGUCUUGUUUCCUCCAGCUGCAUCAAACCAUUCUACCCAUAUAACCCUCUGGAUCACGGCCUCCGCAUUAAAGGACUCGAGCAUUUGACUUACUCAACAGCAUACCGUCAGGUAUAUGCCUCUCCCUCAUGGUCGCCCCAACUACGCUUAAUACCCUGGCUGCACGUGUAUGAUGACCAUGAGAUCAUCAAUGACUGGGCUGCAAACGAAACAGGCCUUUACGAUACUGCUAUGCAGCCGUUCUGGAACUACCAUGGAAAUGCGAAUCCACCAUCAGAGUCUGGUGCCAAUAAGACCUAUUACAUCUUCCGACACGGAGGCAUAGCCUUUUUUGUCUUGGACACCCGUAGAUAUCGAUCCGAUAACGCUAUGAACGAUGGCCCAGAGAAGACUAUGCUUGGAUCAUCACAACUGGCUACUUUGAGAGACUGGCUUGAAUCAGAAACCGAUCGGAAGGUGGUUGUCAGGAGCGUGCCGUUCACCAGGAAUUGGAGGGGACCUGAUUCAGCUGAUAGCUGGUCAGGAUUUCUCUGGGAGAGAGAGGUAAUCUUGGAUACCAUGAAGAGCAACGGAGGAGCCAUUAUCCUCAGCGGUGAUCGCCAUGAGCAUGCUACGACGGAGUUUCCCGCCAAGAAUCCAGGAGAUAAGCCUAUCAUUGAGUUUUCCACCUCGCCACUUAAUCAGUUCUACGAGCCAUUCGAUCGAUUCCACAAGCAAGUUGAGGAAACAGAUAUUUCUAUCUACUCACAUCCCUGGGGAACAUCUAAGUUUGGAAAGGUGACGUUUGACACAACAGCGCACAACAGACUUAUCCUACAUUAUGACCUUGUUGUUGAUGGUGAAAAGGUUUGGGACUAUGAUUGGAAAGUUAGACGGGAUAAUUUGAUGAUAUAG